UGGUCUGCCCCCUUGAUGUCUCACUGCUGGAGGAACCGCUGCCCAUUACCGGCUGCAGUGGGAAAAAGAGCUUCCAAAGCAUCCCAGUGCAGCGUCAGCCUGAAGAAACAGAGGAGCCGCAGCAUCCUCAGCUCCUUCUUCUGCUGCUUCCGUGAUUACAAUGUGGAGGCCCCGCCAGGCAGCGGCCCCAGUGUGCUUCCGCCGCUGGUGGAGGAGAACGGUGGGCUUCAGAAGGGUGACCAGAGGCAGGUCAUUCCCAUACCAAGUCCACCAGCUAAAUACCUCCUCCCAGAGGUCACGGUGCUUGACUAUGGAAAGAAAUGUGUGGUCAUUGAUUUAGAUGAAACAUUGGUGCACAGUUCAUUUAAGCCUAUUAGUAAUGCUGAUUUUAUUGUUCCUGUUGAAAUCGAUGGAACUAUACAUCAGGUGUAUGUGCUGAAGCGACCACAUGUGGAUGAGUUCCUCCAGAGGAUGGGGCAGCUCUUCGAGUGCGUGCUCUUUACUGCCAGCCUGGCCAAGUAUGCAGACCCUGUGGCUGACCUGCUGGACCGCUGGGGUGUGUUCCGGGCCCGGCUCUUCAGAGAAUCGUGUGUUUUCCAUCGUGGGAACUACGUGAAAGACCUGAGUCGCCUGGGACGGGAGCUGAGCAAGGUGAUCAUUGUGGACAAUUCUCCUGCCUCGUACAUCUUCCAUCCUGAGAAUGCAGUGCCUGUGCAGUCCUGGUUCGAUGACAUGACAGACACGGAGCUGCUGGACCUCAUCCCCUUCUUCGAGGGCCUGAGCCAGGAGGACGACGUGUACAGCGUGCUGCACAGACUCUGCAGCAGGUAGCCCCGGCCCCGGCCGCCUCCCGCCCGUGCGCUCUGGAACCUCAGCCUCGAGACCUGCCUGGCCUCGGCUCCCCGGGAGCCGAAAGUGAGGACACCCCGUGCUCCAGGCCACGGGGUGAAUGUGGCCAUACCUACCUGGUUUAUUUUUUAAGAACAGAGACAACUAUUUUAAAAGGAACUCUUUUAAUGAAUUUCAUAAAGGGACAUGCAUUUUAUGGGAUUUGCUUUUCUUAAAACAUACCAAAAAGGAAAAAAAAAUGGGGGAAAAAAAAAGCUUGAUACCUAUCAGACUUCCUUUCAACAGUCCUCCCCUCCAAGCAGACAACCUGCCCCCUUCUGUCCCAGCUCGGAGGAGCUGACCCAACUCAGAAUCUCUUUCCUACAGGAUGAAGUGCCUUUUUGAAUGUUAUUUUAAGCUGAAAGUUAAUUUUUCUACACAACAUAUUUCCAGACAUCUUUUAGUCUUUUAUUGUCUUAGAUUCUCUAAGAAGAUAAAUAUGACAAUUUUCUAAAACCUGGGAGGGGGUAGGGGGGGUGGCAGGGGAUGGGGUCAGUCACAGGAGCCUGUCUCUGGCCACCUAUGGCACGUGGCAGGGUCAGGCUCCUGGGAGGAGUCUUGUGACUUGUCAGUGUGUGCUUCAGUUUGGAAUGUAUCUGCAAUUGUGUGGCUCAACACUUGAGGAAACACUUGAUUCUUUUAUAUGAUCCUUAUUAUUUCUGGUGGUGACAGAUUUGUCCUGAGGUGACAUUUUUCCCCUUGAGAAGUGACAUCCUGUCACUUAUGCUUUCACACUACUGCCAUAUUUCUGUAUGUUUUUGUUUGUUUGUUUUGUUGUUGUUUGGGGGUAGAGCAGUUACACGAAACUCUAAAACCCUUGGAUAGUUUUAAAAAAAAAUUUGUUUAUUGAUUUUUAAAUCUUUCCUUUCCAAAAGCUGGAUACACACGGAGCUGUUUGGGAAUUUUCUUUGCUGCUACCGCGCUGCCACCAAAUGGAAUUGACCAGCGGCUGUUACACUGUUCUUUGCCACUGUGCCUAUGCUCAGAAUCUGCUCACUGCUAAGCUGCAGACCUGGCCAGGGUCAGACACGUAGGGGUCCCACCCCGUUGCAGACUGCAGACUGUAUCCCUUCCCUGGCAGCAGCCUCGGGAGUUCAGAAGGGAGCAAAGACAGAAGGGCCAGUGCACCUCACAGGUGCAGCGUACAUUUUAAACUGCAGUCAGCAUCAGAUCUCGUGAUAAGCCGGCCAUUCUCUCUUGGCCUCAACCAGCCACCACGCUGACGAGGCCUACUUCCAUCUCUUGGUCUUCUUUUUUGAAGCACAGCCUGUUUCUGAGCCGAGGGUUGGGGAAACGCGUCUAGACGUGGGACUCAGCGCCCAGAACCAGGGAGACAAAGGGCCCCCUCCCUGAGCCGGGGCUUCCUUUGCAGCCUUUUCCAGGGAGAUGUUUUAAGCAGUGCCAUGUCCCUUGUUUGACAAUAAGACAGUCUAUAAAGUAUUGCUCUUAAAAAUAAUUUCAAAAGAACCCUUUCGCGUUGGCACCAUUGCCUUAGUCCUCUGUGGGUCAGGCCGGAGUUCUGGUGGGAGCGUCUGGCACUAAUAAGACUGGAAACUGGGGGUCAAAGUAAAAUUUCUCUUUUGCUUUCAUUCACCAAAUAGUGAAGCCAGCUGCCAAUCACAUCUUCCCAAAAGCACUUUGGUCCGCAGACCGCCGUGCAUUCAGAAAAGAAGUAAGUAUUCAGGGGUAACCAGGUCUCCCCACGUUCAGAGUGUUCCAAACCCAGUAAUCCACAUGCCAGUUAAAAUAGAAACAGCCCCUCACUUGGCAUUACUGCAGAAAAUGACAGUUACGCGGCAGGGCUGCAUAUGCCAUAAACCUUGAUUUGGAAAACUAGUCAUUAAAUGAACCCACUGCCUUAAAUGUCUUGAAUGUCGCCGUCACGUGUCUGUCGUGUGUUGAAAUCCACACGGAAAUCAGUCCUGAUGAGCGCCUUAGACCCUCACCCCUGCCCCCUUUAUUGCUGGCAUCCCAGGGUCCUAUUUGAAAUAAGGGGCAGAGAGGACUGAAAUUCUAGAAUGUUCCAGGAGAAUUGAACCUGCGAAUAGUGCCCCACUUCUGAUGGAGUGAAGACGCUUGGCAGGCUUGAGCCAGACACUUCACCUCGUAGCCCCUGUGACCGUGAGCACCGUAGCUCUGAGCCAGUGCAGAGCUGUUGGAGAGGGAGCCCGGUUCCUGCCACCGCAGACACAGAAUGUCUCAGGAGGGCAGCAAGCCCUCGGAGGGUUCUGGGUUCUGUGCACCUUAUUUGACCACACUCUAAAAUUCCGUUUCUUAUUUUAACCCUUGAUUCUGCUUUCUGUACAUAAUCAAAAUAUCUAUAUCGAUAUAUAUAUAUAUUUUUAAAUCAUUGACAUGUAAAUGAAGCAAUAGAAUUCUAACCUAAGGCCAAGAAAUGAGAUGAAUGUUUGGGGUUUAUGUUUUUUAAGGUAAAUACGGGUAUUGUUUUUAAUUAUUACCUUUUAUUAAAUUGUGGGCUUUAAAAUGUUAUGAAACUUAUCAGCUAUUCCUCUGUGCCAUAUUCUUCCCAUGUUACCAAAACACCCCCCAACUCUUUAGCCAAAUGAGGAAUCUGACCUCCUGAGUUUCCAUGGUCCUUUCUGUACCAGGUUAAAAUAGAGUCUCCCGGACAAAUAUUUUUUACAUUAAGAUCUGGAACAGGAUACCAUGGGUCGUGGACUCUGGCCCCUGUGAUGUUAGGACAUCUCUGGCCGGGCCUUGGGUAGAGGUGCCCAGGCACACUUGACGUUGUUACUGCUCUGUCUUCCAUUGCUCUGGAAUCCUACACGUUGGUCCGUGGUUUUACCCAUUAGCUGUCUGUAGACAACACAUCUGUGUACUAAAAAGAAACCACCUGUCAGAGCUGAUGGUUGGUGGAGAAGCUCCUUUGACAUGGUGCAAUUUCGAUGAAAUGACUUUGGAGACAUGAGGACGCCCUAAUGACACUGACUUGUCAUGGUGGCAGCAUUGGAACUUUUGGUAUAAAAAGGAAAUCUGUUAAGUCGAUAACCUGGCAACCUUUUCCAACCGUGUAUAUUAAAGAUGGCUUUCUAAUUAGAUCCAGAACCACACAGCCCUAUGGUCACUCGUGACGUUUGUGCCUCUGCUGUCAAAGGUGCUGUGAUGGACAGUUGGCAUGCCAGGGUUCAAGAGGAGUGGGUGGUUUGGAAUGCUUGCAUUUACUCGUGCACAAUCCGCUGGCUGCCUCUGUUCCUCUUUUACUGUAAAUUUGAUGUUCCUGUUCCAUUCUCCAGGGAGCUUCUCUGUAGACUAACACACACACACAUACCCCUUCCAGGUGGUGGGGAUGCUGGUGUCUGGGUAGUCAUGGAUUUCUGUUGGACAUCUGAAUGUGAUAAACAUCCAGCAUCACUUGGGAAAUAUGACAUGUGGAAUGUGCACGUUUCCAGGAGCGAGCAUUGUCAGUCAAGAGGUUUGCAAUGAUUUCCUUCCUGCCAAAAAUAAACACAUGAAACUGC